CACACACACACACACACACACACACACCCCGUACAAGGGGUGAUCGGGGGCGGGGAAGCGGCGCUCCGGAUCCGCGGUGCUGCGCGAUGCUGCCGGCGGCGCAGCCCUGAGCGUCCGGCACGGCCCGGCCCGCGGUGCGGGCACCCAGAGCGGCGGCGGCGGCUGCGGGGGGCGGCGGCCGCGCCCCCGGCACGGAGACAAAGCCGCGGCCGAGCCCUGGAGGGGAGCGGCGGGGUCCGGCCUCGCGGGGCGCACACGCGGGAGGAGUUGAGCUGAGUCUGCUGGUGGCCUCACACAGCACUGUGGCCAGGCAGUACCUGGGACGUGCAGCCCACCACCAUGGGGAGCAGUAAGAGUAAGCCCAAGGACCCCAGCCAGCGCCGGCGCAGCCUGGAGCCACCCGACAGCGCCCACCAUGGGGGGUUCCCAGCCUCACAGACCCCCAACAAGACAGCAGCCCCCGACACACACCGCACCCCCAGCCGCUCCUUCGGGACCGUGGCCACCGAGCCCAAACUCUUCGGGGGCUUCAACACUUCUGACACCGUCACGUCGCCGCAGCGUGCCGGGGCGUUGGCUGGCGGUGUCACCACCUUCGUGGCUCUCUAUGACUACGAGUCCCGGACUGAAACAGAUUUGUCCUUCAAGAAAGGAGAACGCCUGCAGAUUGUCAACAACACGGAAGGUGACUGGUGGCUGGCUCAUUCCCUCACUACAGGACAGACGGGCUACAUCCCCAGUAACUAUGUCGCGCCCUCAGACUCCAUCCAGGCUGAAGAGUGGUACUUUGGGAAGAUCACUCGUCGGGAGUCCGAGCGGCUGCUGCUCAACCCUGAAAACCCCCGGGGAACCUUCCUGGUCCGGGAGAGCGAGACAACAAAAGGUGCCUAUUGCCUCUCCGUUUCCGACUUCGACAACGCCAAGGGGCUCAAUGUGAAGCACUACAAGAUCCGCAAGCUGGACAGCGGCGGCUUCUACAUCACCUCGCGCACACAGUUCGGCAGCCUGCAGCAGCUGGUGGCCUACUACUCCAAACAUGCUGAUGGCUUGUGCCACCGCCUGACCAAUGUCUGCCCCACGUCCAAGCCCCAGACCCAAGGACUCGCCAAGGAUGCGUGGGAAAUUCCCCGGGAGUCGCUGCGGCUGGAGGUGAAGCUGGGGCAGGGCUGCUUUGGAGAGGUCUGGAUGGGGACCUGGAACGGCACCACCAGAGUGGCCAUAAAGACUCUGAAGCCCGGCACGAUGUCCCCAGAAGCCUUCCUGCAGGAAGCACAAGUGAUGAAGAAGCUCCGGCAUGAGAAGCUGGUUCAGCUGUACGCUGUGGUGUCAGAGGAGCCCAUCUACAUCGUCACUGAGUACAUGAGCAAGGGGAGCCUCCUAGACUUCCUGAAGGGAGAGAUGGGCAAGUACCUGCGGCUGCCACAGCUCGUCGAUAUGGCUGCUCAGAUUGCGUCUGGCAUGGCCUAUGUGGAGAGGAUGAACUAUGUGCACCGAGACCUGCGGGCAGCCAACAUCCUGGUGGGGGAGAACCUGGUGUGCAAGGUGGCUGACUUUGGGCUGGCACGUCUCAUCGAGGACAACGAGUACACAGCACGGCAAGGUGCCAAGUUCCCCAUCAAGUGGACAGCCCCCGAGGCAGCCCUGUAUGGCCGAUUCACCAUCAAGUCAGAUGUUUGGUCCUUCGGCAUCCUGCUGACUGAGCUGACCACCAAGGGCCGGGUGCCAUACCCAGGGAUGGUCAAUAGGGAGGUGCUGGACCAGGUGGAGCGGGGCUACCGCAUGCCUUGCCCACCCGAGUGCCCUGAAUCACUGCAUGACCUCAUGUGCCAGUGCUGGCGGAAGGACCCUGAGGAGCGGCCCACCUUUGAGUACCUGCAGGCCUUCCUGGAGGACUACUUCACCUCGACAGAGCCCCAGUACCAGCCUGGAGAGAACCUAUAGGCCUGGAGCUCCUCUUGGUGCCAGAGGCUUCGCUGUGGGGCGCAGAGGGCUGGCUCUGUGCAGAGGGGCCACGUUUUGAGGAGCAGCCCCAGAGCAAGAUGCGGCAUGGUGAGGUGUCGGGUGCCCCAUUGCUCAUUAAAACUGCUGGGCCACCCUUAACGAGGUGGCGAGAGGAGCCCCGGGCACUGCCACCAGCGGAACUGAGGCUCAGGAUGGCGAAUGGAGCAGCAGGAUGGCUGCUGGCACAGCUGUGGCUUACAGGACCCUGUUCUCACAGCAGCCAGAGAAAUGGGGGGAUAGCCCCUCCCUCCUCAGACACACUGCCCCACACCUCCCGCACCCCCUUUUUUAAAUCAGCACAAAUUUCUUCACCCAUUCACCCACCCACUUCACUCUGGUCUGCACGAGGCUGUUUGCAGAGACAUUUGGUGCUGGGGAAGGCACUGCUUUGGGUCGGAUGCAGCUGGAGAGCAGACCUUGGGAUGCCCCGUGGAGCCUGGUGGUCUCCCUCCAGCAACCACCCAUCCUCGGGCACAGGGUUCAGUGUCUGGGGGAACUACUUGUCUUUCAGCACUGCUUUUGUCCACCGAUGUGUUUCUAGCCACCAUCCCCCCUGCUUCUGCCAUCCGCUUAUCAGGGAGCAUGGAGCGUCUGGGAGCCAUUUACAGACCCAGCUGCUCCCUGCUCGCUCCCAGUACCAUGUGUUGGAGGUCAGAGCAAUCCAUGCUCAGCCUGGUACCCACAGCAGCUCCCACUGAGCACCCCUGUACAUAGCCCUCCAGCACCUCCCAUUACCUGACCAAGCUAUGUGUGCUGUCACUGUGGUACCAACAUCUGUCCUUGUCUGUGCCCAGCUGGAGCCCCUCAUCACACCAUCACCACCUGUGUCCUGAACCUCCUAUCCAUUGCUCACACCCAGUGCCAAAAACACCUCCAGAGAACCAAGCUGAGCCGCUGCUGCCUCCCACUUGUUCCCAGGCGUCUUAUUUAUUACCUGAGUUCUCAGUCGGUGGCUCUGUUUUAAUAGUGAACUCAGUGCAAAGGGGCUCGUAGCAGUAUGGAGGGAUCCCACUUUUGGCUUGGAGGGCUGUUCCCAUGGAUUUCUGUACUCACAAUGGGAAUUGGAGCCCUUCAUCCCUUGUCACGUUUCCCUUGGUGCAGGUCCUGCUGCACCCCAGCGCUCACAGCCUUUAAACCUCCACACCCCACGAUGUUUGUGUGCCAUCACCACACAGUGUGCACAGUGCCUGCAUCCCCAGGGGAAAGCUCUGAGAGCAGCACGUGGGGACGGGCAGUAGCCAGAUGUGAGCCAAGAGCUGAGCAGAGGGAACAAAGGCAAACACACACAUGGACACACAGCCUUUGGGCUCCCAUAGCAUGGAGCAGGGCUGGGGGCUGCUGGCCCACCUGUGCUCCACAGAGCCCCCGUGCCAUCCCCUCCAUUGCUGGUCUGUUGCUGAAGCCAGUAGAGGGUUACCCACCCCCCACCCCCA